UGAAAACGCAUAAAAGCAUUGUUUUCGUUGUAUUAGUAAAUUUUUUGAUAAUUAUGAUAAUCGAAUUAAGUCUAUGAUUUUAAAUUAAUUAGCUUAAACGAAUGUAAGAGAUAUAAAUUAUUAAAGGAUGCAAUUCAGCUUUUUUACAAAUGCAGCGGAACGAUUGAAAAGUUUGAGCAAAAAACGUUCUUUUCGAUUCGGUUUACCGUUUUUGCUUUUUCUGUUUAUUGGUUCAUUUGGACUUGAGCGUUUUGCAUCUCUUCGCUAUGAAUUUAGAAGAAAUGAAUUAUUAAAACCAGAAAAUCUUGAAAAAUUAGGCAUUAAGAAGAAAGAAGUUACUUUAGAAGAAGAAUUCGAGAAAUAUAGAAAGCUAGAUAUUAAUUCCUGGGAAAAUAUAAGAGGACCACGACCAUGGGAGGAGCCUCAACAAUCCCAACAGCAAAAGGGUUCAACAUAGAAAUUUCAGAUUGUUCAUAUGAUACUUUAUAAUAAUGUAAAUAGCUAUUUAAAUUUAUAUAAAGCCAUUCAAUAAAUUAUUUACAUAUUGUAUGUAUUUCUAAACAAAAAAAGUUAAAUAGAAUAUGUAUGAAAAUUGUUUAGAUGGCAAAUAAUAAAGUGUUUCAUAUCUAGUGA